CGAGUCAUCUGCCUGGACCAGAACCGCAGAGACCGGUACUGGUGGGGGGGGGAUUCUGAUUUUCCCCGACAGCAGCUCAGAGAGCCGCAGCAGAGCCCGAGAGAGAGACCCGGGGAGGCGGCGACACACGGUAGCCGGUACCGACCCGCGAGCUCCCGCUGACUGCGGCGUCCGAGCCCCGUUCACCCGGGGAACCGGAGAGGCUGCCGAGAGGCUGCACGAGCGCCGCGGACCGGGACCGAUAACGAGCUGGUCGGAGAGCUGCUGGGUCCCAUUGCCUCUGGGUGAGCCCGGUUCUGGUCCCAUUGCCUCUGGGACCGAGGAUCUUAUUUUUGUCCCCGCCGAGCCGCCGUAGUCAUGGGCGACAACAUGUCCAAGCGGCUGAGGCUGAUCUCGACUACGGAAGCCGAGAUGGAGGAGCGAUCCUUCCCGAACCCGUUCCCGGACUGGGACCCCGGAGCCCUCGCGUCCUCCUCCGGGUCCGAGGAAGACCACAAUGAGCCGCUCGAUGAAGACUCGAAGGUGAGCGCCUCGUUCCAGAAGAAGGUCCAGAAUAAGAUCAAAGACCUCCUCCAGCAGAUGGAGGAGGGCCUGAAGACCGCCGACCCCCACGACCUCUCCACCUACACCGGCUGGACAGGCAUCGCCCUGCUGUACCUGCAGCUGCACCGCGUGUCGCAGGAGGCCUCCCACCUGCAGAGGGCGCUGGACUACGUGAAGCGGACCCUCAGGAUCCUGAGCGGGCGCAAGGUGACGUUCCUGUGCGGCGCCGCCGGGCCGCUGGCGGUGGGCGCCGUGGUGCACCACAAGCUGAACAACGCCGCCGACAGCCAGGACUGCCUGUCCAGGCUCCUCCAGAUGCAGCGUGCCCUGCUCUCUGACUCUCAGGUCUCUGAUGAGCUGCUCUGUGGUCGCUCUGGGUUUCUUUACGCUCUGCUGUACGUCAACAAGGAGAUGGGAGCGGACACGGUGGAGGAGAGCGUCAUCACCAAGGUGGUGGCGGCCAUCUUGGCGUCGGGGCAGCAGGCGGCGGCGGGGCAGAACCAGGCGGAGCGCGGCCCACUGCUGUACGAGUGGCACCACAAACACUACAUAGGGGCCGCCCACGGCACGGCGGGCAUCCUCUACAUGCUCAUGCAGCCGGGGUCUCGGGUCCAGCCGGCGGUUCUGUCGGGGCUCGUCCGGCCCAGCAUCGACUUCGUCCGACACCAGAAGUUCCGCUCGGGGAACUUUCCAUCGUCGCUGAGCAACGAGAGCGACCGGCUGGUGCAGUGGUGCCACGGGGCGCCGGGCGCGCUGCACCUGCUGCUGCUGGCCUCCAAGGUGUUCCAGGAGGAGAAGUACCUGAAGGAGGCGCUGGACUGUGGCGAUGUCAUCUGGCAGCGCGGCCUCCUCAGGAAGGGCGACGGUCUCUGCCACGGCGCCGCCGGCAACGGCUACGCCUUCCUGUCGCUGUACCGGCUCACCGGGGAGAGGAAGCACCUGUACCGCUACUGCAAGUUUGCCGAGUGGUGCCUUGCUUAUGGGACUCACGGCUGCCGCAUCCCGGACCGCCCCUACUCGCUGUUUGAAGGUAUGGCUGGAGUCAUCUACUUCCUGUCGGAGGUGGCUCACCCCGAAGACGCCUGCUUCCCUGCCUUUGAACUUUGACCUUUGACCCUCCAGCUGAUGAGGACGAAGAUACGGGGACGGACCUCGAGACCAGGAUGUGUGUGAAGAUGAACGGGGGAUUCUGUGUGUGUGUGUGUGUGUGUGUGUGUGUGUGUGUGUGUGUGUGUGUGUGUGUGUGUGUGUGUGUGUGUGUGUG